AUGACGCUCCCAGAAUCGCCGGCCCCGGGUUCUGCUCAACUCCAUAUCCGAUUUGUGUCGUUCAACAUCCGCUUCGCUACCGAUAAUCCUGUUCCUGGAGAGCAACCAUGGACUGACCGUCGGCCAAGGCUUUGUGCUCAACUCAACUUUCUUACCUCUGGCCAUGACUCAACAUUUCUCUGCCUCCAAGAAGUCCUUUACUCACAGCUUCUUGAUAUCCAGGAUUCUCUCGGUCCGUCGUGGAGCCAUAUUGGCCGGGGCCGAGAAGACGGCAAACUGGCUGGCGAGUUCUCACCCAUCUUUUUCCGAGUGGACGAAUGGGACUGUCAAGACUGGAAGACGUAUUGGCUUUCCGAGACUCCAGAAAGGCCGUCGAUCGGUUGGGAUGCUGUCCUUGAGAGAAUCGUGACCGUCGGAUCAUUCCGCCACAAGACGACAAGCAAAGCGGUCAUUGUUAUGAGUACCCACUUUGACCACCGAGGGCAAAUUGCGAGGGAAGAAAGCUCUAAGCUCAUUCUCAUGCUGGCCUCCGAAUGGAGACGAACGUAUCGUGACUCUUAUCCUCCAUUGGUUCUGGGCGGCGACCUCAACAGUACCCCAACAGACCAGGCAUACAAAACGUUGACCUCAUCUGAAUCGGGACUGCAAGACACAUCUGCAGUUUUUCCAGAUGAACUAAAGUACGGCAACCGCGACAUUACAUACACGUCUUUUGGCGAGCCAGACGAGGAGCCAAAGACCAUCGAUUUUCUCUUUGUCCAGAGACCACCAACCCUCAUACUAAGGUUGUUUGGAAUUCUGCCAAAUAAAUUUGACGAUGGUCUCUUCCUGUCUGACCACCGACCUAUUUUUGUGGAUAUGGAGGUGUGAUCCAGGAAAUG